AUGAAUAUAAGUAUAAUUAUAAGAAGGUUAGAUAUAAGUGUAACGAGGGAGAAAAAAGAGAUCAAAAAGAUCACCGGAAAUAUUCUUGAAGCAACAAUUUUGACUGGAAAAUGUAAGGGAGAAGUGAUCCUGUUGCCACGUAUUCCAAUGAUACAGUCAGAAUCUACGAUACCCUUCAGAAGGCUACAGUUUCCCAUUCGUUUAGCUUUCGCCAUAUCUAUAAAUAAGUCUCAAGGUCAAACAAUGCCCAUUUGCGGUUUAGAUUUGGAAAAUCCAUGUUUUUCCCAUGGCCAACUAUAUGUUGCCUGCUCACGUGGGGGAAAACCAUUGAAUCUAUUUGAUUUAGUUAGAGACAGAAAGAUGUCGCAAUAUUGUUUUGUAUGGUCAAUUAUCAUUCUAGAGACGUCUUCUUUUAAAGGGAAAACUCAGGAGACCGAAGUUUUUGAAACCAAAGAUGCACUUUUCGAUCGUUACCAGUAUUCUCCCCAAACGCCUGGUUUAUAUUACGUGCAAAUUUUGCAGCAUUUUUAUCAAGCUUAUACUCAUAUAUAA